AUGAACCGACUACCUCCUGAAAUCAUUCUUAUGAUUGCGCGUGUGUGCAAGAUCUCAAGCUUGGCUACGCUGUGCCGUUGUUCUAAGUAUUUCAGUGAUCUUUCGACACCUAUCCUUUAUGCGAAGGACAUUGCAUCUACACGACCUCUAUCUAUAGCCUUCGCUCUGCAGCUCGAGAACGAGGAUGUUUCUGUUCCGAUAUUACGAAAAGCGAAGGCUGCCAACGCAAACCUCGAAACCCAGCACAGUAUUACACUCUUGGAUCCCACCCCGCGUCACUAUGACAUAUUCUUUCGCGGUUUUAAAACAUUCAAAUACCAUCGGUCGACGUUACUAGGCAUUGCUAUAUCAAGAGGCUUGGAUCAAACCGUCAAUUUCUUACUCGAUGGAGGUGCUCACAUCGACGCAAUAGUGGACAGAGAGAUCAAUCACCUGGAUGUCCUUGGGGAACCCCGACUUUGGACGCCACUAUUUAUUGCUUUGACCACCAGGAACCGCCAUGUUGCAAUGAAACUGUUAGACCGAGGAGCCUCCCUUGACGCGCUUGGAUCCGGGUUGAAUGCCCUUCAUAUUGCUGCAGCCGCAAAUCUCCCCGAACUUAUUCAGCGUUUCUCGAAAGAAUAUCCGUUCGACGCUAAUAUUCAGGACGUGAACGGAGAUACAGCCCUGGCAUAUGCCAUAUAUUCCCCAUAUUCAGAUGUAGCCCUGCUAUCACUUCUGGUCCGUCUCGGUGCCAAUGUGAAUUUUCUGAUAGUCUACCAUGGACAACAUAUCAGUCCCCUCAGUAUUGCCUGUAUGAGCGGUCGUUGGGAUCUUGCUAUAGAGCUCCUGCAUCGUGGCGCUGAUGCGACAGGGUGUAGAGAGGUGAUGGUUGAUGGUUCAGGCCCUGGACCGCUACAUCCGUUACGAAGUGCUUGCUCGAGAGACAUAUAUCACAAAGCUGAGGUUGGCACAAAAAGACGAACUCUCAUCGAGGCACUUCUAAAUCAAGGGGCAGACCCCAAUCGACAGGGUCAUACAGGUGAACCUCUGAUCGUGGAGCUUGUCCGAAAGAAGUUAGGAACAUGCCUCCAAUACCUCCUUCAAGAUGGACGAUUAUAUAUUGAACAAACGGAUGCUCAAGGCAAGACGGCACUAGCAUGGGCACUCUCAACUGAACACGGCGCCCCUGAUCUCGGAGCCUUGCUCCUGAAGCAUAGGGCGAAUGUUCCGAGCUCAUCGGCCCAAACCAUACUAAAGUUCGUUCACGACAUCUGGAACGCGCGCAUGCCAAUGGACAUCUGGAAUCUGUUGAGCCACCAUAAAACGCUGUACUUAGUAGAAUGA